AUGCUUCGCAAUCUUCGCCAGCUCCAUAAAUGCGGCAUCGUUGUACGGGACCUCAAGUCUCAGCAGUAUUAUGAAGGCCAGCUGUAUGACUUGAGCCACGCCUGGACAAUUCCACAUGUUUUUGGCCCUGAGGGCGGGAUUCGACCGAGCUGGACCUUUGCAAGUAUGGCAGCUUGGGACCUGAAUUGUUUCCAUGAUAUUAUCGAAGAGGCAAAUGAGUCCGCGCUCCGGGCUGAGCCGCCACUCAAACCGAGUAAUUCAGUUGCAAAGCGCAACGAUGAGCGCUAUGGAAGCCUUCGUCCUCGUCUAGGCAUGGAGCGACCUUUCCUUCCCAUGCUCAACUAUGAUGAAGGGGGUACCUGGGACCUGAACUACUAUCCUUCAUAUGAUCCGGCACUCUUCAAAUGA